AUGAAUUCCCACAGAAGCAUUCUUCACACAAAACGUAAGGUCCGACGCUUACACUCGAAGAGAAAGACCAAGCAAUUGGACUCCCUCUUUUCGAACGGUCCGUACCAUCAACCGUUCGAAGAGGAUAGCCCCUAUGUGCAGUCUAAACGAAACAGCAUGAAAUUAGAAGGCCCUGAGGCUUGUGAGGAUAAUUUGGACAUCUUCCUUCAGGGUUGUGAAGGCAAUGUACCUUCCAGUGCAAUCGAAGACGUGAAAGAAUUUUGCAUAGGAACGUCGUCUAAAGAGGCGAAAAUCUGGUUGGAUGACCGAGAGAAAUAUACGGGGUUGUCUCGGGAAUAUGUAAGCCGGCUGACCGCAGAGGACUUGAAAGAUGCAUUGGCACUCAGGCAAUUUGGCCUUGGGGAUAUACCCGAUGCUGACCGCCGUUUAAUUCACUUGGUCGUGCUCGAACCCUCGAAGUGGACGGGGAUAGUUCCCAUUCCCUUACCCCCCAAACCCCAAUUCUCCUCCAAAGGUAAAGAUUCCAAAUUGACACCCAACAGCUACAUUCCGGACCUUGACCCAGCUACAUCCGCGCACUGGCCGAGACUGCAUCUCGCCAUCAAGUGCCCAUACUACGAGACACUAUUUGGAAGCACAUUGCCCUCCAAACUUCGAUCAGUGUGGAUAUUUCGGUAUGUUGAGACAUUUGGCAUUCUAACACCAAAGAUCAUUGAUUGUGAGCUUUUUGGACUUUUCCACCUGUCUUAUCUAGCAUUGAGACUACAUCAUACGCCUUCACAGAACGCACCAGCCCCUGGAGCCCACAAUACGCGUUCAAGGGAACGCAUUGACGUGUCAUUCCUAAACAUUGCUCAUGGAGUGGGAGCAACUUAUCCGAAAAACGCAACGGGCGUUGAAACGAUAUGUAUAGUCUCCCUUCUCUACUUACUGAAGUGGGAACAAAUCAGUACCGGUCUAAUGUGGUGCCUAGGAAGCCGAACAUCCCGCCUUCGUAUCAUACAAACCAUGCAGCUUCUCCGCAAGCUCUGGGGGCGACUUUCUAUCACCAUUCGAGCCUGGGAAAAGUUUAUUGCUCCCACUGGGCAUAGUCGCCAUUUUGAUACGUCAAAGCUAAGCUUAAAGAAGAAUCUUGAUAAGAUCAACAAGAUGUUCGAGCAAUUGGAAUCCUCGAAAAUCCUCACCAUGAGAUUAAAUCUCGAAAGUAAAGACUUGAGUUACCAAAGCCACCCCUUACAUCACGAAAUAAUUUCCUUAAAUCGCGAAGCCCAAAAAAUGAGCAUGGAAAAUAAUCGUACCAAUCAACUUACGACUCCUCUUGUCGUAGUUACCGCAUAUUUUGGCACGCAGCAGAGCAUUUUCACCUUUGAUCAGAACCCAAAAACUUUUGUGGUGUGCAUUUUAGUCCUGCUCUUGAUGCUGAAACUCUGUAACCUCGCAAUCCUGCUCGCACGUCGGCCUCGGUGGUUGACGCAAUUCCCUGAUAGCAAGACUCUAACCGAUAUUAACCCUUAG